AUGGCUGCACAACCUAUUAGCCUGGAUACAUUCUUACAUUUUACAAGGCUAAUAGCUUGUUCAAGGAAAGUAUGGGGGUCGGAUAAGAGUGCCUUGUCCAUGAUCGACAUUCUGCUUCCUUCCCCCCUUCUCUACACUGCACCCAAAUCCUUGAAGGCUCAUAAAGCUGUUAAAGGAAAUCUGUACACACCAGCUGGACAUUUUGUCCAGCCCUUUAAGCCUGGGGUUUCCAAGAAAGCAGACCCUUUUCAGCCACUGGCAACAACUCUUACCUUUGAAAAUGAAGGUGAUACUGUCCAGCUACCAGGAAAAAAGCAGAAACAAUUUCAGCGAUGGGAAACCGAGGUUCUUCCCAGUCUAAUGGAGCCUAUAUUUUGA